AUGGCGGCCGCUUUUCGACCAGUGAAUUCUCCGCUGGCCAUAACGGUCUCCCGCGAAGACGUCAUGGCUUCAUCGACCGCAACUCCUCGACCCAACACAGCCCCUCAUACACACUCACAAAUACCUGCCGACGACGGUGCGACUCCGACAAGGGCAACUUUCAACUUGGCUAGCCAGAAGCCUUUGCCAUCGAGUCCUUUCCCCCAAGGGAUACAGAUACCUGAACAACCACCGAAACCGAAGAUGCCCCGGCGUCACGACUCACGGCAUUCGAACAAGUCAGGAGACUCGGGAGACGUAGAUAUGGACGACUCCGAUGGAGAGACUGGCACCAUUGAGGAUGGCGCUGGAUCUGACGACGAAAGUGUUGGAGCAGACGGACCCAGAUCAAGCAAGAAGAAGAAGUCGCAGCGCUUUUACUGCACUGACUAUCCUCCUUGUAACUUGAGCUUUACGCGGAGCGAGCAUCUUGCCCGGCAUAUCAGAAAGCAUACAGGGGAACGUCCAUUUCAGUGCCACUGCUCUCGCCGCUUUUCAAGACUCGAUAAUUUGAGGCAACACGCACAGACAGUUCAUGUCAACGAGAACAUUCCUAUGGACUCACUAGCUGCAACUGGUUCCCGGUUUCAGCGGCAGAUGCGGCCCGAUCGAAUCAGGCAAGCAGGUAAUCGAGCAAGAGCAUCGACAGGUGGUAGUGCCGGCGGUCCUCAACGAGGACAUUCCAAAUCGCUCUCUACCUCGAGUAUCACCAGUGUCAGCUCUGUCGGCUCGGCUUACAGCGUUCAAGAUGCAAGAAGGCGACCGCCUCCAUUAGUGAUGGCAGACCCUCGUUCACGAUUGUCUUUGGAGUCGUACCGGAGUGCUAUGGAUGGCUCUUACCCUCACUACCGACCUGCUUCUCCUAGUGAUUUCGGAACACCAACUUCAUCCACCUUCUCGACUGGGCAGAGUAGCCCUAGAUGGGGACCAGGCGUAUCUUCCCCAGCAACGUCUCACUCACGUUCUCACAGCAUGUAUACGUCGGGAAGUCGAACACCAAGCCGCCGUUUGAGUGUUCCAGGGAAUUCAUUUCAGUCCCCUGGAGCACCAGGGGGAAGACCGAUGAUGUUUGGGCCUGGUCCUGCCAAUGCUUCGAAUGUGGGUGCUCUCCCGCCAACCAGUAACGGCAUCCCUCCAUCCCCAACUCCCUCAUCGACUUCUCAAUGGUCGCGAAGGGAGUCAAUAUCAGAGAGUGAUUGGCGCCGAAGAACAUGGCAUCCAGACAGCCGCAAUAUCAAUGGGAACCCCAGUCAGCUAAGCUCCGUUGUGAAUCAGUCAUCUGUCCGUCCGAACCCACCACCGCCGAUCGCGAACCCUUCCACUUCUCAGUCGUCCUUCCGCCUGCCCGGCAUCGAGUCGUUCGACCCUCUCCCUCCUGCCACCCCACCAAGGAGACAGCCUUCGCCCAUGAUGGUCGACCAAGAGCCUCGGAUUCGAGCCUCUUAUCAACCCCACCUCCCCGAAACUCCGAUGCAGGACGAGAGACGAAACCUGAACUUGUACGAUGCGAGCCUUCAGAGAGGCCUCAACCGCCUUGACAUCAACCACAGUACGCCGCCUCGCGAUAGCGCGGGUAGCUGGGCCUCCGAAGCAAACAAGGCUGUUCAGGCCCAAGCUGAGCAUGUGCGACUCAAUCCUCCUACUGUCCGGUUCGAGGAGCGGCCUCCGGUGUACCAGGGCCCCAAACCUCCAUCUACCUCUGCCCCGCGAUCUCUCCAUCAACACACAGUGUCGGCCCCAUCCAUUACAACUUCGAGAGAAAACAAGCGCCGUGGGUGGUACAAUGGGCCUGUUUCUGUUCAUAGAGAUACCCGAUCCCCCCAGGAGCAGCAAGAUCCACGGCUGGCUCAUGUGGAUAGAAUGGUGCAUCCGAACUUUACUGGCUUCAGUGGAUUUCCCCAGCAGCAACAACAACAACAACAACAACAACAACAACAACAACAACAACAACAACAACAACAACAACAACAACAACAACAACAACAACAACAACAACAACAACAACAUCAUCAACAGACCCAACAGCAACAGCAACAGCAGGGACGACCUGGCAGCAACGGCUCUCUGGGUCGUCUUGAGGCAUUGGUUGCUGUUGCGACGAGCGAAGGAUCUACUGCUGCAGCAUACUAA